AUGAAUAGCCAUCCGUGCCCCAUUUCCCUGCUUCAACAUGGGAGGGACGACACCGUGUACGAUGUGCUUACCCUCAGCGAAGACAGUUCAGACGAUGAAUCGCCCGACCUCGACCAGAACUUUUUCAAUGACGACGAAGAGCAUCUGAGUAAGGGCGAUGUGGCUACGGGACUGACCACGUGGUAUGUCCAGUCGUGGGAAGGCCGGGAGGCGUUCCGAGAACUCUAUCAGAACUGGAAGGACGCCAUAAUAUCAUCGUUCCAUCUCGACCCAAGAGCCUUUCGACCAGUCUUCAAAGAAACGCGUGCGCAGAUCCAAAUCACGGUCCACAGCAGCGUGACACCAGCAAAUCGACCAACCGGCGAACUUCUGGGAUACAUUCGUUUCAUCCGCAGGGCUGGGACGGUGGAGUUGGCCAACUUUCAGGCAGAGCUUCGACGCAGCAAUCUAGGGCUGGGCAACUCGACCAAAGUCGGCAACGAUGAGCUUGCAGGGUGUCACGGGGAGGGCUUCAAGCUGGCGGCCCUGGUUCUGCGCCGCCUGGGCCACUCGGUCAAAUUUGCAGCCAGCGAGUUCUAUUGGAACUUUGGACUGCGCGGACUGUACCGUACAAAUCUCUAUUGCCACUUGUCGCCAGCCAAACCGGAAAAGGUUGAGAAAAUGAAGGCGAAAUACGCACUUGACCGUACCAAACCGAAAUUCAAGAGGACCCUCAAAUCACAUAUCUGGGAAGACGUGUCGGUCAAAAUCGGCAAGGCCAAGGGGGAUUAUGGGCUCGAGGUCUCUGAAGACGAGUUUCGUUCGUGGCUGACGGUUUCGGUCGAUCUCGAUUCGCCGUCCUCCGACAAUGUCGUCCAAACCCUCUCAGGCGAUCUGAUCCUUGACACUCGAUUCGCAGGGAGGAUCUAUCUCAAGGGGUUGCGGAUUGAAGGACAUAGCACUGGUUAUAUGUUCGGGUACAACUUUGCCUGUGGCUCUAUUGGCCGCGAUCGAACUCACCUGCGACACCAGUUGGAAGAGACCGAAAUCCUCGCCAAUAUUUGGGACCAGGCCAUUCAAACUCAGAGGCCUGAUUUGAUCGACGCCUACAUCAAACUGCUGCGUGAUAAGGAAGAUUGCCCCGACGUUGCUGUGACUAGUGACAAGUUAUCACAGGAAUCCGUGCGCCUGAUUUGGGAGCGGCUGAAAACCAAUGAUCCUGACGCCUUCUUUUACUGCGAACGUGACCCUUCUCAACCCAUCGCCGUCGAUCAGGUUGAUUUGAUCCCAGCCGAGCUUCACAGAAGACCCGUUGCAGUCUCGCGUGCGGUGUGGCGCCUAUUGAGCAAGUUCUCGCUUGUUCGGACUCCUCAGGAAGAACGCACCCGGUUAUUCAUGCACUCGGAACCAAUAGACGCCGACAGGACACCUUUCAGUACCAAUGUCCUCCGUGCUCUCCUAGCUUCGUUGGCUUUGCAUCCAAAACUGCGCGACUUGCGCUUUAAGUUCGUGCAAGGUGGAGGCACGGAUCUCGACCUGGCAUACAGCAAGGAUGUGAAACGAAUCCAGAUCCACGGCAAGUGGUUAAGUUUCCAGAAGGUCCACGAACAUGGCCUGUGUGAGGUUUUGCGGUUGACAGCGCCUGGGUACAUUCGCGGAGAGGCCUUUUUCUGUGACCAUGUGGUGGAAGACUUGUUUGACGCUCUCCUCUCCAAGUCUGGGGACGAUCUAGGUAUUUCGAGCCCCAGCUUGCGUCGUCGAUUGCGACGCAGGAUGCGUGAUCAGCUCGCGCUCAUGCCUCGACUGGUCCGUGUUGCACGUACCGAUGCAGUCAGAGAACUCGAGGUUCGCUGGAUUGGCAACGAAGGCGGACUUGUGUCGGCCAUCUGCAACAAAAAUAUCUGCUAUCACGUCACUCUGCACCGGGUGAGCACGUGCGAAGUGAAACGAAACGAUGUAGUUCAUGUCGAUCGACGCGACAGGCGUACGUCCAACGGUCGCCUCUCGCGGUCGAAGCAGCCCUUGUGCGCAGAAUCCACCAUGGACUGCCGCUGUGCCUUUCAAAUUGUCCCUAGGACCGACUCGAGAGCAAUUUUCACCGGGUUGGACCCGCAUGAAUUCUAUUUCCCAAUGGUCGCGCGAGUGGAAAACGGUUCCUUUAUGGCUGCCCCGCCAGCACCCGUGGCACCACGCGGGUUAUUAUUGUCUCCAGUUGACACAGAAAUGGACAUCAGUGAAGUCAACGGUAACGAAGAGGUCGUAGAGGGUCAGGACAUGUGCGUGUCCAAACCGGAGCCUGAUGGAACCAAUGGAGAUGCCGCAGAUAAUAGUCCUGAAGUUGCCGACAACGGAUCUGGGGCAGCAAACCAGCAGAUGAGAAGGGCCAUCCGCCGCGAAGGAGUCGAGGUUUCUUUCGAGAAGGUGGAUGAUCAGCCUGGGUUUGAAAAAGACGACAGUGAAUGGCGGCGGUGGCAUGCUGAGGAGUUGCCAGGAGCAUUUGCUAAAUUGCUGGCACGUCGGGAAAAACAUCAUACCCCGACGUUUCACCCCGUGGCCAGCCUUGAGUGCGCACACCUGGACUUCCAUUUUGUGAAAGAUGAGUAUGCACUCGUCCGCCUCGGCAGUGACAGUUCCUCGGAGAAUGUCAUCUUCAUCCACGAUAUCUCCUAUUGUGGGGGGGAAGAUGAGGCUUCCACGGCAUAUUUAUUGGUCACCAAGUAUUCAAGACUCUGGUCAUGUUUUCCUGAUUUCAAGCCCCUCGGGAUUGACAACAACGAUAUGGUCGCCAAUCAACUAGAACUGUUGCUUCAUUUCGAAGACUUCGACAAAAUGGGUUUGCGAGAUGACGCUGAAGUCAUUCAGCUGGGCGAUAUUAUCUCUGCGGCGGAUCUGAUGGCUGGCUCCAAUACUGUCGUCACCGCACGAAACCUUCAAGCCUCGGAGGAUGAGACCAUGUUCUGUCGUUUUGCAAUACGAGGGGCGGCAUCGGAUGAGCAAGUUGCUUGCUGGACACCAAUAGCUUCUCAUCUCCUUCAACGCCGUGACCGGUGGCCGGCACCACAGUUCGACACCACUUCCAGGCCAUCUGUUGUGGACUUCACGCCCGGCGUACUUGGGCCUGCGGAAGGAUUUUCGCAAGCUGGCUUCGAGAUUCGAGCUGCUCUUGGUUUUGAUCAAGAGCGCCAUUUGUCUUGGAAGAUCCGACACGCGCAGAGUCAAGUGUAUGAUGGCCCACCGAGGAAAGUCCUCGACGACAUCUGUUCCGAGCAGCUCCAACCCCUGUCGACGCCAAAUCCGGCACCACCAAACAUUGCGCUGGUCGCAGGGGCAAACGCUCCUUUUCGCCUGAAUGAAGCGAAUCGAAACAUGUCAUCAGCAGAGAAUUUUGUCUCCCAGCUCGACCUUGUCAAUAUGGCUCUCGAGGGCCCUAGCAAGCCUGACUUUUUGGUAGUACUGAGCUCGCCGGCCGUGCUCCACGCAGCGGUAGUGCCACGGUUUUUGGCAACCAUAGUCAAUUUUCUCAAGCAUAGACGGUCCGUCCACAUGAGGCUCUGCCGCCUCAAAGAGCAUGGGCUUCCGCAAGAAAGGAACAUGCUGCUCUUGGUUGCUUCUCCAUUUUGCGCGCCGCUCCCUUGGUAUCUGCACUGGCCAGCCUCUUCCAGCGGACCAGAAACCAUCACGCUCCGUGACCUGAUUGGCGACCUCGACUUUGACAAUUCUCGCACUGGGGCGGGACCAGAUCGAGCAUUUGACUUUCCUGUAAUCCCUUACCUUGGCAGCAUCCCAGACGGCAAGACCUUCUCACUGUACGGGAGAUGGCUCGGCUCCAAGGUUUCUCCGAUGAUUUUGUUUUUUAUCAAUCCACAGCUGUGCAAUAUCAAGAUGGAGCGCUCAGGGCUAAAGUUGGCGGCCGUUUGGACGGUCAACGAGCUGGGAAAAGGCCCAGACAAGACUGUGGAGAUUGAAUGCCUGAUGUCAACUCAGGCGUUGUAUCAGAAUCGGAGAUAUCUGAAGGGGGUGUUGUAG